GCUCCAGCACAUGACAUAUUUGGCUUUAAAAUGACGUCACGGCAGCGUGGGGCUCAGCAGGCAGGUCGUCCGUCAGUCUGAGAGAAGAGGAGCAGCAGGAGACGAACCAGCCUUCUCUCCUCUCUGAUGACAAGCUCUAAUUUCUCUUCUGUCCAACUCCCCUGAAACAACUCUCAACGUCCAGGAUUUUUUCCUUCGCCGCUUACCCUCUUCCUUUUUCAGCUGCACCUAUUUUUUUUUUAUUUUAUUAUUUAUUUUUUUUACUUUGUCUAACCCCUGCGCACCCCUCAACACCUCCAGAGAUGUGAGUAGAUAAUGAGGACCCCCUGCCAGCGGUGACUUGUCUCCUGCGUGCUUCAAAGAGCCGAACAUCCUCAUCUUCCACCCUCAAUUUUAUUGGACGUUCAUCUGCCUUUCAACAAUGUAGGAGAAGGUGCGCUGUCAUUUCAGCAACGAGGAUGCCAACUACAUGCCUUGUUUUUGCUCUCCGCAGCUUACAUCUUUGUCUUUCCAGCCGGGGGGGCGAAUGAAAGAUUUGCGUGAAGGCAAAGUUUGAGGGUACCUCGUAAGGUUUCCCGCUCACCUGUCCCCCCUGCAUGCGUGUACCCCUCUCCUUUAAACUGAUACGGAGGACGAUCAUCCCCAAAAGAACAAUUGACGAGCAACUUAAAAGAGACCUGACUAGUGUUGUGGUAGUCUGUUUUUUAGUGGGAUUUGGCAGCGCUGUUGGAGGAAUUUGAUGUGCGCAACGUUGAAGGAUAUGGCUUAAAUAAUGGUUGCGUUCCUGACAGCUGGAGUAAGGUCCGUCACUUGAGUGUUUUUAUUAGCUAUUGUCGACUUUGGUGGAAACCCAUCUAAAUGGGAGGAUACCUGGAGGACUGAGUCGGUUUCGGCAGUCGAGAAAAAUGUGGAUAAAACGGAGUGUUGCGCGCAGUACGUCUGCUUUGAGGCCAGGCAGCUGUGUGGGGCACCGGGUGUGGAUCCUGCUGGCCAUGACCCACCUCACACUGGACUUCUCCAUGUGCAGCCCCCUCAGUCAGGGUCUGGGGAUCAAACUCACGCCUAAAUCGGUGCCUCGCUCAAGACCUCGCUGGCAGCCACUCUGGGAUACACCCAGCAAGCUUCACUGGAGAACAGUGAGUCCAUUGGCCCGCCGGCUCCUAAACCCUAUCCCUCUAGCCCAAGACAUCCGGGCAGGGAUAGGGCCAAAGGUAAAGGGUCAAAAGCAUCGAAAGCCAGUGCAUAAAGGACAAGCAGCAUGUAAGGAGUGUCGGUUGAAAUACUCUCAAAUGGAGACAGGUGAUCCUUUGGCUGUAAUAGCUGAAGCUCCAGCAGGUUUAUCCAGUGGGAGCAGAGGAGACUCAGUGGGGUUGUUACUUCGAGCCAGGAGGCAGCUCAAAUGGGACAGCUAUGAUAAGUCUCAGGAGGGCCGGACUACCACAGUGGCCGGAUUUAUCGACUGGGGACCCACAGGAACAGAUAGCAUAGAUGAAGAUGGCAAACCAGAGCCCAACAUAACGCUGUCCACCAGGGUGUCAACUACCACGGUGGCCACAACCACUAGCACGACAACCAGGUUCCCCCAAAGGACGUUUACUACGGUGACCACACCAGAGCCCAAGAGGCUAAGCACCACCAAGGCCACUGUCAGCUUUGGCGAGACUGCCAAACCACCAAAGCCAUAUGGGGAAACCCCAGGUUUGGCAGUUCACCAGAUAAUCACAAUCACUGUGUCUCUCAUCAUGGUUAUCGCAGCCUUGAUCACAACACUCGUCCUUAAAAACUGCUGUGCGCAGUCUGGAAAUGGCCGCCACAAUAGCCAUCAGCGCAAGAUUCACCAGCAGGAAGAAAGUUGCCAAAACCUGACAGACUUCACCCCAGCCCGGGUGCCCAGCAAGGUGGACAUAUUCACUGCCUACAAUGACAGCCUGCAGUGCUCACAUGAGUGCGUUCGGACUGCCGUGCCCAUCUACACUGAUGAGAUGAUCCAGCAGACGCCUGUCUACAAGACUGCUUACAAUGGAAACAGGCCCUCCCCAACUGAAAGACAACUGAUUCCUGUGGCCUUUGUGUCAGAGAAAUGGUUCGAGAUCUCAUGUUGACGAGCUGAAGGCCUUGUUCACUUCCUGUGGGUGGAAGAGACUUCCUGAAUUCACGCUCUGGAUCCAGUUGGAAACAAGAAACACACAAAACAGCUUCUUUUGUAAAAUAGUGUGAUCACUCUUUGGACACUGGUGAAGAUAUUUAUUUUUCUAGAGAUGACAAGCAGAGCAGCCACAAUGCUGCCACUCCAUAUUUCCAGGAAAGUACAGUCAUUUAGAUAUAGAUUAUAUAUAGGUAUAUUAUAAAGGAUGUGUGGGACAAGACUGUGGACGUCAAGGAUGUCUCAAGAAAAACACUUGAGAUUUGAAAAAGGAACCCAUGGAGCUGCUGUGGGUGGAAGAUGAACUGUAUUUCUGAACAAUGUGCCAAUAAUGCCACUAUGUGCCACAACCUGGAUAGAAGGAAGUUUCAACAACAACUGAUGGACUAAACAAAGAGCGCUAUAUUAACCCUAUAUCAACUCCAACUACAUUUUUUUUAAAGAAAUGUCAAACAUAAAAAAUGGUACAAAUGUAUUUGUAUGUUUUGAAAUAGUUUUAAGAAAUGUGUUGCAAACGAGUCUAAAACAUAUUUAUACGAAGCACUAUUCUAUUAGUUGGGGAAGAGAGAAGAUGGAAAAAAAGAAACGGUAUAUGCUUUAUUGAACAGUUGAUUUUAAAACAUUGUUUCUAUAGGUCCCAUUUUAAAAACAGAAUAGUUAUGUCUAUUUUUUUACACAACAGUCUGCCCCAGCCCUAACAUUGGAGCCCCAAAGCACUUGGGAUUCAUCACCAUUAAUUAAAUACUCCCACCUGAGCUGAGAUUAUAACAAAGAAAACAAGUGUAAGCCAAUCCUGUGCCCGCUCCGACUGUUUAUCGUGUAAGAUUUGCACCUGAUCUGGCUUAAUGAUAAAACAAACAAAAGGUUUUUUUUUGGUGCGGGAUCAGUGCUGCAGCAGAUCCAGUGUUUCAUUAAACCAUGGUGGCCUGCUGCACUGAUUUUGCUGCUAUACCGUAGCAGCAAAUUCAAGUAUAGAUUGAAUAAGGAAAGCCACAGCAGACUGCAUGGAGCUGGACAGGACAUUCAUACUUCCUCAGGUCUGUCUAGCUCUCUUGCACACUUCAUGUUGGUCUUACUUUCAGCAGCUGCGUGGGAUAAAUUCUAAUGAUUGGAUAUGAUUUCGAUCUGAGCUGAAGCGCUAAAAGGGAGGACUUGAUUCAAUUAGAGCUUCAAAUUCAGAUAAUUUGUGUGAUAAAUAGGAAAGAGAUUGAAUAAAUCCCUCCACAGAUACUUAAUUAGUAACUCCACGCAACUCCCAGAUUGGUUCACUUUUGCUAAAUAAUUUUGAAACCCAAAAGUGUGAAUUAUAGUCAGAUAGUCUAGAAAAACAUGAACUAAAUUGGUGAAGAUAGAAUAUAAAACUAUUAUUAACAAGCUGUGAAAGAGGUGCUGCAAAGUGGUGUCCCUCAGGAUCAAAGGCAUGUGCAUCAUGUGUUUUAAAUACAAGAUGUGAACAGGGAGGAAGCCCCUCAACAAAUGUGUGGGGAGGAAUAGUUGGCCCUCUCCGGAGCCAGAUCCACUAAAUACUUGAGGACGAUAUUUCUAGCAUAUCAGAAUUUCAGCUAUCACAGCCAGGAAUUUAUUUGUGCACAAAUAAAUUAUUUUAAUUUGUGCAGAAGAAAGUAG